UCACAAUAACAGCCAGCAAAAAAGAGGAAGACAUACAAAAAAGAACUGCCAUCUGCAAAAGCAUUCCAAACACUCUCCAUGGAAGAGAUGUCAAUCCAAAUGAAGAAGAAAUCACAGGAGGCUCAAAUGAUGCCCCCAGAGAGCCCGAAGGAGCCGAUGGAGUACCUCUCUAGGACAUGGAGCGUGUCAGCUCUCGAGGUCUGCAAGGCCCUCUCUUCUUCUUCUUCCUCCUCCUCUUCCUCUUCCUCCUCUCGUCCUCCCCAUCAUCACCGUUCCUCGUCAAAGUCGGCUAUGAACAACAACAAUGGCUCCUCUUCCUCUUGCCCGACGCCCAUCAUGAGGGAGAGCUUCUUCAAUGAAGAUGAGAUCACAGCAGCGGCCAAUUCUGCCUGCUUUUCCACAGCAACGAACCACUUUUCCUUCAAUUCUUCCGCCACUUCCCAGCUCGUUCUUGAGCGCAUCAUGUCUCAAUCGGAAGUGUCACCGCUAACGUCGGGGAGGCUCUCGCACAGCAGUGGACCCUUGAAUGGAACAGACACCCCCCCGGUCUCGGUCUCCCCUUCUGAAGACUUCGAUGACAUUGUUAAGUUUUUCCGCUCUCACAAUACUCUUCAACCACUCUUCACGGGCGGGCGGUCCAGCUCCGGGACUGGGGCAACCACCCCUGUCGGGGCGAAGACAGUGGGGAGGUGGCUCAAGGACCGGAAGGAGAAGAAGAAAGAGGAGGCCCGGGCCCACAAUGCACAGCUCCAUGCAGCUAUCUCGGUGGCUUCCGUGGCUGCAGCCGUGGCAGCAUUUGCUGCUGGUGCCGCGUCAGCUUCUUCAGCAAAGGCUGACGAACCCUCGGCUAAGACAGACAUGGCAGUGGCCUCUGCUGCGACUCUCAUUGCUGCUCAGUGCGUGGAAGCCGCGGAAGCUAUGGGGGCCGAGAGGGACCACUUGGCUUCCGUUGUAAGCUCUGCUGUGAACGUUCGGUCUCAUGAUGAUAUCACCACUCUAACGGCUGCAGCAGCCACAGCUCUGAGAGGGGCUGCGACUCUGAAGGCGAGGGCAAUGAAGGAGGUCUGGAACAUCGCAGCAGUGCUGCCGGUUGAGAAAGGGAUGGGUGCUUGUGUCAAAGGAAACACCGAGCAUCCUAACUCGGAUUACAAUGGCGAAAUUAUCGUGCCGGAAAAAGAUUUUCUUGGGGUCUGCAUAAAAGAGUUCCUUGCUAAAGGGAAUGAGCUUCUCAAGCGCACACGGAAAGGUGAUCUUCACUGGAAGAUUGUCUCUGUCUAUAUAAAUCGAACAGGCCAGGUGAUCCUAAAGAUGAAGAGCAAGCACGUCGCCAGUACCAUAACCAAGAAGAAAAAGAAUGUUGUGUUGGAAGUGUGCAAGGAUAUGCCCGCUUGGCCCGGAAGGCACCUUUUUGAGGGAGGGGAGCAGCGCCGCUACUUUGGCCUUAAGACAUUGACCCGUGGCAUUGUGGAGUUUGAGUGCAAGAACAGGAGGGAAUAUGAGAUCUGGACUCAGGGUGUCUCGAGUUUGCUGUCUCUUGCUGACGAAAGGAGGAAGUGUCCUGAUUUGAAGUAAACAAAUAGAAGAAUAUGAUACCAAGGGAUUCGGAUGGGCUCAAGCAGACUAAUUAGAAGUUUUGAAGAGUACGAUUUAAGAAGGAAGUUGUUUACUUAGAAGAGAGAUUUCGGUAUUGUAGGAUGUCUAGCAAAUUAUAGUGUUCUGAUUAGCUGAUAUUCCAGUAACCAAUUGAGCAAUCUAUAUGCAGCAGAAAUGGUAUGUCGCCAAUGGUGGAACUCUGUAGGAAUAUAAAAGAAAGAGUUUUCAACUUUUUUCUUUGACCCUUUAGCCUGAAAGAGUUAGGUAUUGCAGCAAAAUCGGGAGCGAAUUACCGUGAGUUGAAUGAGACUUCCACAAAGUAUAUCUUCUGGAAAAAUGAUAAUGCUAUGGCUUGGAUAUUAGAACCACA